GUGCAGCCCUGGUUACGCCUCCUCUGGCUCAGUCACACAGCUACGUGUAGGUGACUGGAGGUGUAUAGUUGUCCUCGCCUGGAUUGUGCUGAUGUGGCCCCAACCCUACCUUCCUUCCCGUCCGGUGAUGUCCAAAGAAACCCGAAAGGGCAAAUUGGCUGAGGCCAAGGAAAAGUUGAGAGACUAUCAUCCCCAGACCAACCCUAGUGUUGGUAAAGGAGCAACCGACACCAAAAAGAAGAAAAUAAAUAAUGGCACUAACCCUGAGACAACCACUUCUGGUGGUUGCCACUCACCUGAGGAUGAAAAGAAGGCAAGCCACCAACAUCAGGAAGCCCUAAGGAGGGAGCUAGAGGCCCAGGUUCAUACCAUAUGAAUCCUUUCAUGUCAGAAAAGUGAGCUUCAGAUGGCACUCUAUUACAGCCAGCAUGCUGCCCAGCAUUUGGAAGGACAGUCCAGGGAUCUGGUCAGCCGCCUGCAUGAUUCAUGGAAGUUUGCAGGAGAGUUAGAGCGGUCUCUCUUUGCUGUCAUUACCCAGAAGAAGAAGGCGGACAGGUACAUCGAGGAGUUAACAAAGGAGAGGGACGCCCUGUGUUUGGAGCUGUACAGAAACAUCAUAACUGAUGAGGAGCUGAAGGAGAAGAAUGCCGAACGGCAAGAAAAACUUCGACUUGUAGAAUCUGAAAAGUCUGAGAUCCAGUUCAACGUAAAGGAGCUAAAAAGGAAGCUGGAGAGGGCCAAGCUCCUACUGCCACAGCAGCAGCUGCAGGCGGAUGCUGACCACCUGGGUAAGGAGCUGGAGAGUGUGGCAGCAAAGCUCCAAGCCCCGGUGGAAGAGAACGAGUUGUGGAACCGCAUGAACCAGCAACAGGAGGAGAAGAAGAUGCAUGAGCAGGAGGAGAAGCUGCGGGAGCAGGAGGAGAAGAUGCGGGAGCAGGAGGAGAAGCUGUGGGAGCAGGAGGAGAAGAUGCAGGAGCAGGAGGAGAAGCUGCGGGAGCAGGAGGAGAAGAUGUGGGAGCAGGAGGAGAAGCUGUGGGAGCAGGAGGAGAAGCUAUGGGAGCAGGAGGAGAAGAUGCAUGAGCAGGAGGAGAAGAUGCAUGAGCAGGAGGAGAAGAUGUGGAGGCAGGAAGAGAAGAUGCAUGAGCGACAGGAAGAGAAGAUGCAUGAGCAGGAGGAGAAGAUACGGGAGCAGGAGAAGAUGUGGAGGCAGGAGGAGAAGCUGUGGGAACAGGAGGAGAUGAUGCAGGAGCAGGAGAAGAAGGAGCAGGAGGAGAAGAUAUGGAGGCAGGAAGAGAAGAUGCGGGAGUAGGAGGAGAAGAUGUGGAGGCAGGAGGAGAAGCUGUGGAGGCAGGAGGAGAAGCUGUGGGAGCAGGAGGAGAAGAUGCGGGAGCAGGAGGAGGAGGUGUGGGAGCAGGAGGAGAAGAUGCGGGAACAGGAGGAAAAGAUGCAGAGGCAGGAGGAGAAGAUGUGGGAGCAGGAAGUGAGGCUGCAGGAGCAGGAGGAGAUGUGGGAGCAGGAAGUGAGGCUGCAGGAGCAGGAGGAGAAGAUGCAGGAGCAGGAGGUGAAGCUGCAGGAGCUGGAGGAGAGGCUGGGGGAGCUGGGGCGGAAGGCCGAGCUCUGGGGGGAGCAGGAGAUGAUGCAGGAGCAGGAGAAGAAGGAGCAGGAGGAGAAGAUAUGGAGGCAGGAAGAGAAGAUGCGGGAGCAGGAGGAGAUGUGGAGGCAGGAGGAGAAGCUGUGGGAGCAGGAGGAGAAGAUGCGGGAACAGAAGGAAAAGAUGCAGAGGCAGGAGGAGAAGAUGCAGGAGCAGGAGGAGAAGAUGUGGAGGCAGGAGGAGAAGAUGCAUGAGCAGGAGGAGAAGAUACGGGAGCAGGAGGAGAAGCUGCGGGAGCAGGAGGAGAAGAUGCGAGAGCAGGAGGAGAAGCUGUGGGAGCAGGAGGAGAAGAUGUGAGAGCAGGAGGAGAAGCUGUGGGAGCAGGAGGAGAAGAUACGGGAGCAGGAAGAGAAGAUACGGGAGCAGGAGGAGAACAUGCACGAGCAGGAGGAGAAAAUACGGGAGCAGGAGGAGAUGUGGAGGCAGGAAGAGAAGAUGCAUGAGGUGGCAACUGCACAGGAGCAGCCGGGCUCACCCAUUCAGCAAGAAGCCAACAGCUGGACAGUGACACUCAGACCCCAGCCUGGGUGA